GCCCAGCUCUCAACACCAGACAGAAGCAGCUAAUACCCCUGUCUGUCAGGGCCGCUCAAAGACCAAGUGAUUGGUGAUGACAAAUGAGGCAGUCACACAGGUCCAGCAGCUACACGGCAGCAGAGAGCGAGAGGGAGGGAAAAGAGAGGAGGCGGGGACUGGAAGGAGCAUGUGAUGUCGCCUCACAGCAAAAUCGUUCACAGGCAGCGGGGGUUGUACUGUGUGGAGUCAGCUUGGAGCCUGGGAGGGUGAUCUGGUUUCCUCCCACAGUCCCAAGACAUCCAGCAGAUCAUGAACAGACCAUGACAACACCUGUGAGAGCUGAACAAAGAGAAGGAAAGUGUCUGCUACGGGACAGACUUCCACCUGCAGCUGCACCGAGAGAAAUCCAGACACACAGGUGGCACUGGAAAGAAAGAACAUACCAGUCUCAAUUUCUCUCUCUCUCUGGCCGAUUGCCAUGCAAGACUGAGUCAGAAGGACAACCUCCCUCCACACAACCUAGAUACAGGGACAUUUCUGAACUGUCCAUGACAAUGCCGGUGGUCAAAGUGGAGAAAGACUCUCCAGCAGACAACACCUUCUCUGCCUCCAACCUUCCACUGCAGUCAGAGGAGCAGCCCCGAGGCCGGAGAAGGAAGAGACCUCUGCAGCGAGGGAAACCCCCUUACAGCUACAUCGCACUCAUUUCCAUGGCCAUAGCCAACUCCCCGGACCACAAGAUGACUUUGGGGGGAAUCUACAAGUUCAUCACAGAGCGCUUCCCCUUCUACAGAGACAAUUCCAAGAAAUGGCAGAACUCCAUCCGUCACAAUUUGACUCUCAAUGAUUGCUUCAUCAAGAUCCCCAGAGAGCCGGGGCGACCAGGGAAGGGCAACUACUGGGCCUUGGACCCGAACGCAGAGGACAUGUUUGAGAGCGGCAGCUUCCUGAGGCGCAGGAAGAGGUUUAAGCGCUGCGACUUGAGCACUUACACCUCAUAUGUCCAAGAGACACCCGUUUUCUCUCCUGUCCAGAUCGCCAGAUCGGCCGCAUACACCAACUCAGUGUACAACAACAUGACAGUCAGUCCGUCCUACGGGCAGCAGCUGAGCUCUGCCUAUUACCCGUCUUCCUCUCCGCCCGGGUUCGGACCUGCUCAGAACCGCAUGUUCAGCAUCAACAACCUGAUCGGACACCAGACUCCAGCCAGCAUGCUGGGAGGUCAAGGGCCAGAGGUGAUGCAGCAGCCCGGGCGGAACUUCAGUCCCGAGGGCCUCCCGAACGGAUCCAGUCCCUGCAGCCUAGGAGCCCCAGCUUUCCAGAGCCAACCCUGUGGAGGGCCGGUAUCGUCGCGCUCCGCUACGCAUCCCGGGUUCACCUACUCCGGGCCAAACGGCCACCCGCACCACCAUACACACCAGAGCUCGUAUGGACAGGGCCACACUCAGGGGUAUGCAGCGGCGGGGCGCCUCCAUUCCUCAGCCCACGGGUCAGUGGAGGCCAUGGACCAUUACGGCAGGGUCUCCCCAGUGCAGUUGGGCUCUUUCUCCCAGUAUAACAGUGCCGCAGGUCCGAUCGCCAACACUGGGGGUUAUCUGAGACACCCAACGUACCCGGGGAAUAUGGACAGGUUUGUGUCUGCUAUCUGAGCUCCUGAGAAUGUAGACGCGAGCAUCUCACCGCCACGUUCACAGGACAUUCGAGACUUGAGCGGCAGCCAGUGAGCGAGACCUUUCUGAACGCAAAUGUGAUCGUCUUUCUUUGUACAUGACAUUUGUUCAGGGCAAAACUGAGAAGCCAGAUUUUUAUUUUUUAUUCUGACACCGCUGUGAUUUAACACAUUAACCCUCCAACCCAUUGUUCUAUAUUGUUGAUGCUAAUUUACUUUGAGAUACAUGCUAUGAAUUUGGAUUUGAAUGUCCGGGCCUCCUCACACUAUGUGAGUGUAAAUAUUAUCUACUACCGUGUGUGGUUGCAAGCUUAUUUUUGUGUCAUGAAUUGAAUGUGCAAGUUUAAUAUUUACAACACUAGUGAGUGUAAAUGAGACUUUGAAAUAUUAGUAUAAAUUAUUAUGCUUCAUGGUCGUCGACUUUGCAAUACGUGGCUUGUAUGAAGAACAUCAGAUUUAGCACAUUUGCAUGUAAUGUAAUGCAUAUUAGGUUGUCUUUUUGGAAAUAAACAGAAUUAUUUAGCACUUUGGUUCUUCAAGAAUAAAAUAUUUAAAAUAUUGAUGUAUAAUUGCUGUUCCGAUUUAAGCAUGUGUGCCAACAUAUUACCCUAGAUUUGAAACGUCUUAUAAUGUCUAAUGUGUUUUGGCAAAUAUUUAAUUUCAAACCGUUUUACUUGCAAGUUAGA